UUGCUAGUUUCCUUUAGUUUCCAGACAGACAUCACAUUAGACAGACAACAAAUUUAUCAUGGGGGGUCUCAACAGCCGAUUCAUAUUUUAUUCCCAGUGUCAAUAACAAAAAAUAAAAGUUAUAUUAUUUGAGAAAAAAAAUUUUUUCUCUUGCAAUGGUUGACUUAUUUUUCAAUUUAAAAUUAGUGAGUUCUUCCAUUGUAGUGUAAAUUAUCAAGUGUACUUAACUGAUCAAAUAAAGCAGAUGCCAAAUUAGGUAAAACAUGGAAUGUUACACAUCAAGUGAUUCAGAUUCAGAAUCUGGAAAUAAAACAUUGGAUCUCUCAUAUUUGAUGUUGGAUACAAAUGUUUUGAAUGAACAUUUUCUCUGUACAAAUUCACCGGAAAAUUUGGAUACAAUGCUAUUGUAUCAAAAUCGUUUGACAACAAUACCGCCAAGUAUUGUUAGAUUCAUUAAUUUGACAACACUCGACGUAUCGAAUUGUGGACUCAAUGAAUUACCACAUUUUCUUGGUGCUCUAUCAAUAAGUUGUUUAAUUGCUAAAAAUAAUAAUUUAACGAAUAGUUCAUUGCCAAAGGGCUUUGAAAAUUUACCGGGUUUAAGGGAACUCAAUUUAAGUGGUAACAGACUCACUGAAUUUCCUGAACAAAUUCUUGAUCUUGUCGAAUUGAAGUUCCUCUAUCUCGGUGGCAAUUCUAUUUCUGAAAUUAAUAAGGAUCUCUGGAAAUUGCAACGAUUACAAGUAUUGUCCAUGGGAGGAAAUCGAUUGACGGAAGUUCCAUCAACUUUGGGCAGAUGUACCGCACUGCAAGCUUUGGUACUUUGUGAUAAUAUGCUAGAAGGCCUACCUAGUUCAAUAGCGAAUUUAAAGAAUUUAAAAUCGUUAUUACUCCAUAAGAAUCAUUUGCGAACACUUCCGACUGAAAUCAUUACACUUAAAAAUCUCACAGAGCUUUCCUUGCGAGAUAAUCCAUUGGUCGUGAGAUUUGUAUCGGACAUGACCCAUGAUCCACCUGCGUUAUUAGAAUUGGCAGCGAGAGUUGUCAAAAGUAACGAUAUUACCUACGAUGACGAGGAGAUACCAAGAAAUUUAAUUGAAUACUUGAACAGUGGUCAUCGAUGCGUAAAUAUUAAUUGUCAGGGAAUAUUCUUCGAUAAUCGAGUGGAACAUGUGAAAUUUGUCGAUUUUUGCGGCAAAUAUCGUUUACCACUGUUACAAUAUCUUUGUAGCAGUAAAUGCAUUGAUCCACGUGAUGGUGAGGAGGAAAUGGUCAGCGGUGCAAUGAUCAGAAAAGUUCUUCUUGGCUAGAAAAUUGUUAACAAGAAGAACAAAAAUUUGAUCUCCCAAUGCAAGUAAAGUUUUUAAUUAUUUUUUUUUAAGUUUUUAAAAAAAUACAAAACGAACCUUAUUAAGUGGGACAACAUACGUAGGAAGAUAAUUUUAUCGUCAAGAAUAAUAAAUAAAAAUGUACAAAGCUAAAGUCCGCAAAAUUUUUAAUUGCGAAAAAUUAAAAAGAAUUUAUUUUUAAAAUAAAUCAAUUUAUCUGUCAUAUCAAGGCACGUGUUAUUCCCUGUUCAGAACCUUAAAGGGACAAAAUACCCGUCAAUAUAACCCUUUCAAA